CCUCUGCUGACGCCUUCUCCUGCGCGCUCAACAAGGGCCCCUCCACACCACACACAUGGCCUGCUACGACCUCUGCCGCCCCUGCGGACCCACCCCGCUGGCCAACAGCUGCAACGAGCCCUGUGUCAGGCAGUGUGAGGACUCCCGCGUCGUCAUCCAGCCUUCCACCGUGCUGGUCACCCUGCCAGGACCCAUCCUCAGCUCCUUCCCCCAGAGCACCGCCGUCGGAUCCUCCUCAUCCGCUGCCGUGGGCAACGUCCUGGGUGCCCAGGGAGUGCCCGUCUCCUCUGGGGGCUUCGGCUACGGCUUCGGAGGCCUGGGCUGCUACGGCGGUGGAAGAGGCUGCAACAUCUGCUAGGGGCCAUAGGCAACACAGCUGAAACCACUCAUAUAUAUUCUAGAAGCAAAGACAUGGACUGAGGACUCACGUCUGCUGGCACACCAGUUCAAAUUCCAGAGCUCCUUCUCUUACGGCAAAAAGAAAUCGGGGAACGGGACUGAACAGGUUGCCUGGUAACGUGGUCCUUGGACCUCCUCCUCUUCUUCAAAUACCUUCUUUGCAUCACCCCGUCUGUGAUGUCCAGAACUGUGUGUUGAAAACUGCAUCUCAAUGGCUAAAUAGCAUCGCGGCACCUCCAGUGCACUCUGCUCCAGGCAAGUCAGGAAGCCUCUAAGCUCUGACAAAAUCUGUUGCAAACAGAAGACCUCAGUGCAUGGUCACUCUUCUUGCAAUGCAGAGGACCUCUCCUCCACAUCAUGCUUAUACUUUUUCACUCUUUUGCCUCAAUAAAGUUCUCAUGCAUACAA